CAGACUCAGAAAAAGAGAGAAAGAGAGGGAAGAUUAAUUGCUGUUACAAUUGACGAAUUUAAUACUUCAAGAGCUUGUAGUAGUUGUCACAACAAGACUCUGAAGCCAGUUGAGCAUGCUCGUGGUAAUAGUAUCCUGGAAUGCAAAUUCUAUAUUAACUCCAGCAAAAACAUGAUGGAAAUACCAUUAUCAAUUUGGAGACAAACUGGUCGCCCAACCGUAUUUCAAAGACCGAAGAAAUCACAACAAUAACUACGAGAAUCCUAUCGCAGUAUUAUAAACAGCUUGUCUCUCAAGACAUUUAGAUUAUUACAGGUAU